AGGCGGGCGGGACACCGAGGGACGGGACGGGACGGGGCGUCCCAUUUCCCCUCCGCCGGAGCAGCUGCCGGGACGGGGCCGCGGCGCAGAGGCACCAUCCAAGGACUCUUGUGGAGCCCAAUAGCUACUCACAGGAGCUGAGCAUAUCUCAAGGUACCUUUGAAGCAGAGGGAACAGCACAGGCAGUCUGCUCAGGAGCCGACAUGCAGCAGAAGAUCAGCUCUUUCUUUAAUUCCAUCUUGGAGCUCAUCCGUACCAAGCAUGAGGAAGGCAUCUUCAACACCGUCUGCCUGGCCGUGCUGCUGGGUCUGCCCUUUGUUGUCCUCAUCGCCUUCGUUUUCAUCUGCUGCCACUGCUGCUUCUGCAGACAGAGGAGAGAAAGCACGAGGAAAGGUGGCCCCAGCAGCAACGGGCAGUUGCAUGCUGAGAGGAACAAGAAGAAAAAGAAGAAGAAGAAGCAGGAUGAAGAGGACCUGUGGAUCUCGGCUCAGCCCAAGCUGCUCUUGCUGGACAAGAGACCCUCCUUGCCCAUCUAGCAGACAAGAGGGCGUUCAGGUCCUCUCCUCUGAGAUGCCAUCACUCCUUUCACCUGUGCACCAGGAGGGGCCAGGAGAUACCAAAGCUGCUGCCACUUUAUGGUGACUUUUGACAGAGGCCGAGCCCAGCGUGUUUGAAGGGCCAACAGAAAACAAGGCAGUCGGGCACAGGUUGUGCAAGCCUCUUCUCCCGCACCAUGCCAGCAUGUCCCGGGGCAGAGACCCCUGCAAAGGACAGGUGAGCACACAGGGGUGACCUGCCAGCGGGUCCUCCGUACCUCCUGCCACGAGCACAGCACACACACUGGGCUGGCACACAGGCUCUCCCUCUGCACUCCUGUGCAAGCACACGCGCUGUGACCCAGACAAGGGUGCACAGGACAAGGUUCACCCAGAGACCAAGCCACCUGCACACUCCUCCUGCCCAACACAGACAGCUGCGAGUGAAGCAGGCACAGACACGCCUCGCUUGCUUGCCCUGCCGUGGAGAUGGCACAGCUUCGUUGUCUAGGCUCCGUCCAAACCCAACUCGCUUGGGAGACACAAAGAAAGCACAGUUACCCCACAGCUCAAAGAUGUGCCAUCUCCCAGGCCACCAAACCAAAGUCACUUGCAAGCUAGAUGCCCUCAGCCCAACCUUAGUGACCUCAGACACCAUCCUAAGGCAGCACAGCAGAAGGAUGCCUUGCCACCUAGGCUAGAGGCAGGAAGGAGAGAGGAGGCUGCCAAACCAGCCCUUUUGCACCAGCACUUAAGAAAACCCCUUCCUUGAAAGACUGUUUUAUACAAACUUGCCUUUGAAGAGCCCACCAUGCUACUGCAAGAGCAGAAACACAACCUGAGGCUGUGUAAAAGCUUUGCUGCGGGCAUUAGAGUUAUUUAUUGAAUGACUACUGAAGAAGAGCAGGACCAAAGGCCCCUCUGGAGAGGGGCCAGGCACACUGAAGCGGUAUUGAAGCAGCAGACAUGGUUUCCUGGCACGCUCAGCCAUCACCUCUCCCUGCAGCCCUUGUGCCAUGUGUGAGACACACACAGACCCUUGAGCUCGUGCUGCCCCAGCUGAUGCCAGCUCUGUGUGCUGCACUGAAGGUUUCUGUAUGGCUGUCAGGCUGACCAGCUCUGGGAUUUUGAAUGUGCUGUAGAAGCAAAGUAAAUUCUAUGUUCACAGUCAUCCUUACACAGGGAUACAUCAUACAGCCGAACUAUGCACCCCUAUCCAUCUUCAUGGUACUUGGAAAGACAGCUCAGCUGGGCACAGCAGCUAACAGGACCACACAGCUCUCAUCCCUGCUCUCUUUCCCCGCUGCCCUGCCCUGGCUUGUGUUCCCACCCUAUAUCCCUUGAGCUGGGAGUCUCCUCUGCUCCCCACUCUCUGCCCCAGCAGGCUCUGUCUCCCCAUCUAUUUUUCCAUUGAGGGAUGCACGUAUGUGAUGAGAAACCUCAUCACAUCUGGUUUUUGCCCUGUCUGUACACUGGAUGUCUUCCUUCCGUUUUCUUCCAGUUCUUAAGCUGCUGCAGCAGACCAGAGCUGCCAGCCAGAGCUGCCAGCCAGAGCCAGGCAUCUGGGGAACAAGCAGCCAACCCCACAUGGGCAAGCCUGGACGGAGCUGCCGGGCACAGCCGCUUCCAGCCCGGGCAAGGGUGAUGCCAUCUUCCCCUGGCUUGGAGGACAAAGCCACGGGCUGGAAGCAGCUGCUUGUGCCACCCGGUCCCAGCACAGCCUGUUCUGUGUGAUGCAGGCAGGGCUGCGAUGGUCACAUCGUGUCACGGGGUUUGGCUGCGUGUGGCUGUGCUGGGAACAGCCCUGAGGCCGGGCUCCUCCUCACACAGCCCUUUAAACUGACCCCAUAUGUGCCUUAUUUUCCAGUUUGCUUCGUCACCACUGAAAUUAGUGACUCCCUUCUCCAAAACAGGAAGCAACAUAUAAUGGUGUAAAAAUUAGGAUUUGCCACAUGUCAUGCUAGGGAAAUGCAGAAAUAGCUCUGAUCUCUGUCCCAAGCUCCCAGUCUAGCCAGGAUCCUGGAGAACUAGCACUGCACUUGCAUUAUUCCUUCUUCCUUCCCCCAUCCAAGUCCUUUUCUCAGCCCUUCUGCCUCCACACUCACCGGGUGGCCAAAGCAGCCCAUGCAGGUGCUGCUGCUGUGAUCUAGAGGCAUGAGCAGCCCUGGAGGCAGGGUGGUGCUGCCUGGAGGGAUAAAAAAAAAAAAAAAAAAAAUCAGAGUAAAGGGAAACACGAUGGGUGGCCAGAGGCUCAGCCAAACAAGCAGGGGCACGGAGGCAGCGAGCACCAUCAGAGUACAGCCUACCUGGAGGUGCCAGGCUCUGGAGGGCUUCUUGCAGGAAGGCUUUUCUCCAGAAAGCACAGCAAGCAACUCUGCAGGUGGCAGCAACCAAUUCCUACAAGAACCAGAGAACUGCCAGGAAAAUGUGAGCAUUGUAUCACACACAUCUCCAGAUCCAGGCUUUGGGGAGUUCACAGCUAGGUCUGAAUUUCAAGAGCUCCCCAAAAUCAUCAUUCAAACCACCCCUGGGUUGGGCAGGGAGGGACCAGGAUACAACCUUGCCCUGAUCCAUCCAACCAGUGGAUGGUCCGAGCCUCCACACUCCCUAGGGCAUGGGGGUUGAUGUCUGCUGUUUGAGCCAAACCAUGCACUGAAUUGGCUGCUUCUGGAGGAAAAAGCAAAAGAGCAGCAACAGCCUGAGGUGAACUAGAAGCUGUUGCCCACCAGCUGGGCAGCAGCAACCCUGCAGCACCCGUGUUACCAAGGGAGCAGAGAUGCACAGUACAGAAACUCCACUGCAUGGUGCCUGCUCUCCAGACACCUCAGCCCUGCCUCCCACGACUGCAUUUCAGUAUCAGCCUUCAAUUUUCCUGAACAAGUCCAUGCAACAGGGAACAACAACAAAACAAAUUUUGUGCAAUUUUUUUUAAACCAGAAAUAAAUUACUCUUAAACUGCAAACAAA